AUGUCUAUUGGCAAUAUCACCAAAGCGAAAAGGUGUCAGACAUUGGUGCGAGCAACUCUUGAUUGCUUCACUCCAGAUGCAUGCUCCCUGGCUGGUUACAGACUCUUCCAUUAUUGCAUGAGACUGCUCCUACAUUCUCUCAUCACUACCAGAAAUGAUGGUGUGGAUAUGCAUGUCUGUCCAAUUCUGGCCGUGUAUUGUCUGGUUUCUUGCUAUAAGAAGAAUCAUUGGGAUGUACUGGACUCAGUGAUGUAUGAUCCUGAGUCCACAAAAGAUAUCUUGCAAUGGUGCAAGAAUAGUCAGCAUCCACUGGAAUUCAAGGAGAAUGGGCUACAUGCCAUUUAUAACCCAUUCUGGGCCAAUAUGCCUCAUACUGACAUUUUUCUAGCUUUGACACCCGAUCUUUUGCACCAGAUUCAUAAGGGUAUGUUCAAAGAUCACCUCAUUAAGUGGUUCCCAGAUUAUCCUAGACUUCAGGACUUCAAAAAAGGUAUACCAAAUCAUAAAGAAAUGCAGCAAGUUUUUAUGGGCAUACUCACCAGAGCAGUACCUAGUUGCAUGUUGGCGGUGGCACAUGCUAUUCUUAAUUUCUCAUAUUAUGCCCAGCUUCACAUUCACAUGGCUGAGUCGCUGGAAGCUCUACAGACUGCCUUAGCAGCAUUUCACACUAACAAAGACAUCCUGAAGGAACUCUCAAUACAUGAACAUUUCAACAUACCCAAAAUACACCAACUCACUCAUUAUGUUUGGUCGUUUUCAUUAUUUGGAGCAGCUGACGGAUUUAACACAGAACUUUCUGAGUGUUUGCAUAUAGACUUUGCAGAGGAUGCAUACCAUGCUAGCAACAAACAAGAUUUCGAGGAGCAGAUGCAACCUCUCUUUGCUGCAGGUCACACAGCGGUCUCGCACUCUGUUUUGGAUUUGGAUUUGGAUUUGGACUCAGAUUCAGAAGGAGAGGCUGCUAUUCCUUAUGCAACACCUGCAGAUGAGCUCCAAGUGACCUAUGUCCUUGCCAAGACCCCAGCACAUCUCUACCAAUCUGUUCAAAAUAUUGUAUAUGCCCAUCAUGGUGCAACAGAUUUUAUCCCUGCACUUCAAUCCUUCCUUCGCACAAAUCUUCUGCACAACACCCUCAUACCAGGCAUUCAGGACUGUUUUGAUGUUUAUCAUCAACUGGUCAUUGUGAUGCCACCUGCUUUUCAAGUUAGUGAUGCACCAAUGUGCAGGCACAUUCAAGCAACACCAGAGAGACUUGCAUCAGGACGGAAACCUGGUUGUCCAGCUCAUUUCAAUAUGGUGUUGAUAUCAGAUGUGGCUCAAGUUUACAUGAUAUUCUCACUCUCUCAUCAGUUUGGCGAAUACUCAAGAGCCCUUGCUUACAUAGAGUGGUUUACUCCGUUCAGACCACCAGACACUUCAUCUUGA